CCGGGAACAAAGUACGAAGGGCAAAGUCACAAACUAGAGUCUCCUUACAGUGCUGUGUAAAACUGGACUAGAGGGGAACUAACAGAUCGUGUCUGAAGAAUAUCGUGCUCGGUAAAACACGCGGAAACUCUUCGUGUUAUAGGAAACCGGAAGUGUGUUCAACUUGGUGACCUAGAUUUUCACAAGAAUCUGCUUGGUAAUCUGCAUCCCAGACAGACAACAUGGGGUCCAGACUGGGCAUCAGGGCAGGGACAGGACCAUACAACGUGGGCGUCACAGACAUCAUGACUGCUGGGCCAGACAAACAUGGUGUGUUUCUAAGGCUAUUCUAUCCGACUGAACCAUGUGACAUCAGACAGAGGAGACAUGACUGUCCAACAUGGACGCCCAGCCGUCAGUAUUUAGAUGGCUACCUCAGGUUCAUCGCUGUUCCAAAAUGGACAUAUCCCUUGUGCAGGUUGAUAAUGGGUAACCCCAAGGUCCCAGCCAUCCUGAAUGCUCCACUGUUAAAGCAGGAAAGUCCGUCCAAGUUCCCGGUGAUAGUUUUCUCGCAUGGUAUGGGUGGACAGAGGACAACCUACACUGUUGUAUGUUUAGAGAUGGCAUCCAGGGGGUAUCUAGUCGCUUCUAUUGAGCAUAGGGAUGGCUCGGCCUCUGCAACACAUGUCAUCAGGCAAGAGGAUGAUGGGAAAACUCCAACAGUAGAGUGGGUCCCAAUGAUACCUAAACCUGAGGGGGAUGAAUUUCCAGUAAGGAACAAACAGGUCCACCAGCGUGCAGAUGAGAUGGGUCACAUGUUGGACCUUCUUGUCUCCAUUGACCAAGGCUCUAACAUCAACAACCUGUGCAACACAGGCAUGGACCUCUCUCAGUUCAAGGGUAAGCUAGACUUGGACAGAGUUGCAGCAAUGGGUCACUCCUUUGGUGGUGCCACUUCCCUUGUUUCUCUCUACAAAGACACCAGGUUAAAAUGUGCAGUGAUACUGGAUGGUUGGAUGUUGCCUGUAGACAGAGAGAUGUACCCACAGAUCAGCCAGCCAGUCCUCUUCAUCAACACGGAGGUCUUCCAUUGGCCAGGGAACAUCGUACGCAUGAACAGACUCAUGGGAAGGGAUGGGGUUGACCGCAAGAUGAUCACCAUCAAGGGGACUGUUCACCAGAGCCAGUCAGACUUCACAUUCCUGUUUGGCAAGUUCUUUGGUACCAGAGUCCAGAGUAGAGGUGCACUAGACCCACAUGUGGCCAUAGAUAUCAACAAUGAAGCUUCCCUGGCUUUUCUGGCUAAACAUCUGGAUUUACCAGGAAAUGACUACAACAGUGCACUAUUGGAGGGGGAGGGGGAACAUCUCAUAAAGGGAACAAAUGUCAAACUGGACCCCAGGCCAGCCAAGGAGGAACAGGUGGACACAAGUGUGGAGAAGCCGACUCCAGAUGAGGCCAAGUUGUAGAGUAGAGUAGAGUAGAGUAGAGAAGAUGUCUGCGGCCAGGUAGGGGCUUAAGUUCCAGUUUAUGCCGCUCUGUCCUUUCAGUGCACUGGCAUCUCAGGCUUCUGGGAUGAUCGAAAGCUCUCUAGUCGUACAUCAAUUUGUUCUCUUUCAUGUGUGAGUCC